AUGAUCAUCUUGAUCAGCUGCUUGAUCAUAGAUGUUGAAGGAAAUUUCAAUUACAAAGAUGCCCUCACCAAAUCAUUAAUCUUUCUUGAAGCUCAAAGAUCUGGAAAACUUCCACCAAAUCAUAGACCUUCUUGGAGAGGCGAUUCAGCUCUUGAUGAUGGAAAACUAGCCCAUGCAGAUCUUGCUGGAGGGUAUUAUGAUGCAGGAGACAAUGUGAAAUAUGGUUUGCCAUUAGCAUUCACGGUCACUACAUUGGCAUGGGGAGUUUAUGCUUAUGAGGCUCAAUUUAAGUCUGCAGGAGAACUUAAUAAUGCCUUGGAUGCCAUUAGAUGGGGGACAGAUUAUCUUCUUAAAGCAAGUUCUAAGCGUAAUCGUUUGUUUGUUCAAGUGGGUGACCCCGAUAAGGAUCAUCAAUGUUGGGUUGGACCGGAGAAUAUGCAAACACCGCGAACCGUAUUGCAGAUUGAUGAGAGUCAUCCUGGAACAGAGAUUGCAGGGGAGACUGCAGCUGCUUUGGCUGCUGCUUCUGUUGUUUUUAAAAGAAUAGACCGAGCUUAUUCUCAUAGUCUUCUUAAUAAGGCUAAAUUGGUGUUUGAAUUUGCUAAUAGUAAGAAAGGAACUUAUGAUGGAGAAUGUCCAUUUUAUUGCUCUUAUUCUGGUUAUAAUGACGAAUUGUUGUGGGCUGCAACAUGGUUAUACAUAGCUACAAAGAAAGCACCAUAUUUGCAAUAUGUACAAGAGGAUUCACUAACUGCACAAGUUCAAGAAUUUAGUUGGGAUCUUAAAUAUGCAGGCGCCCAAAUUCUCCUCGCUAAAGUAAUUCUUCUUUCGUUUUAUCAAGGUGAGAAGAGUUUAGACUCAUUCAAGGAUCAGGCUGACAGUUAUAUAUGCUCUGUUCAUCCUGAUAGUCCAUACCACCAAGUAUUCAUGACUGCUGGCGGUUUAAUCCAUUUGAGAGAUGGAGCGAAUUUGCAAUACGUUACAGGAACCGCUUUCUUGUUCAGCGUAUACAGCGACGUUCUAGCGCAACACAACCAGAAAGUCACUUGUGGCGCCACCACAUUCAACUCAGCCAGUGUCAUGGCCUUUGCAAAGAAACAGAUGGAUUACAUACUAGGGGAUAACCCAUUAAAAAGAUCAUACAUGGUGGGGUUUGGCGAGAAUCCGCCUUUACAAGCUCAUCACAGAGGUGCAUCGGUUCCGAAAAUGUCUACACAAGAGGUCGUUAAUUGUGGCAUGAGUUUCACAAAAUGGUAUAAUGUCGAUGGUCCUAACCCUAAUGAGUUAACCGGGGCUAUCGUUGGCGGACCGGACAAGAAUGAUCAAUUUAAUGAUAAGCGAUCCGAUUCUUCCAUGACCGAACCUACUACUUAUACUAAUACACUUGCUAUUGGAGUUCUUGCUAAGCUUGCCGGUUCUUGA